UGAUGUAUGCUUUGCAACUCUUGUGUUGGAGAAUAUAGCUUGAGAGGCUCUUGAUGAAGAUCUUGGACAACCACCUGCUAGAAACGGGCGUUAGGUGCUUAUGCGCGGUCACUGCUUUGCCACGUUGGCUACGGGGAUCGCUGCAGGAUCCAUGGAGAUUACCAACACGCUUGAUUGCCUUAUUUUCAUGCAUCUAAACGACAAUGAUCGCUGACCGGUCUUAUCAAGAUGGUAAUGAUGACUGAAUGCACUAGAUGAUCGAGACACGGUGAUCUUGCAUCUAUGAACGCGGUUUUCCUUGUCAUUUUCUGCUGCUAUUUACCAACCGCCAAAACUUUGCGUGUAUCAAGUCAAAUAACAAUGUUUUCCAAGAAUUACCGGCCCCUCACUCAACAAGACAGCAUUGAGAACCUUGAAGAUUCCGAAAAACUCAACGAUGCUUAUUCCAUCCAAUCGACUCAGAAUUCUGCGAUCAAAUUACUUUCUCGAGCGGUGACUCGGUGGGCGCUAUGGAUGCUUGUGACAUCUUUGGUACUCACAAACUGGUACACUUGGGUUAAAUUAAGGUCGUGUUCACCGCCCAACGCGAUUUACACGCUUCCUGCACAAUCCUCGAUCAAAUACAAAAACAUAGUCUUCAAUGCGGGGAUAGAUGGCGAUCUCAGCCCUUACCAAGGUCUGCCUAAUGCAGAGAACAACGCAUUAUGGGAGGGACUCGACCCCCAACACUACGGCGUCAUAAUCUCAGUAUUCCACCAACUUCACUGUCUAAACAACCUCCGCAAACGCAUCUUCUGGAACGAAACCACCCGAGGCCCUAUCGCUGAGAACCCAGACUUCGGAAUGAAGCACAUGGACCACUGUAUCGAUUCCCUCCGCCAAAGUCUCAUGUGCAGCAGCGAUCUCACACCGAUCCCUUACGCAUGGAACACAAAGUACCAUCAGACACUACCCGUUCCAGCGACGACGCAUACGUGUCGGGACUUUGAGGCGAUUCGGGACUGGGCGAGGGCGGAGGAGCGGAGGGCUGGGGAAAUGGAUGUUCAUGUGAGGGUUGAGGAUCCAUUGGGGAAUGUGGAGUAUACUGCGCCUGAUAGUGAGGAUGUGUAGUUCGUAAACGCAUGUAUACUAGGUCUAAAUUGGGAUCGGUGAACUUCCUAUAGUGGGUAUAUGCACGUUGAGUUUGCAACUCUGAUCAGAGGACGCCCAGGCAUUUUUGAAACACAAGUUUUUUACUUCAGUGCUCACUCAGCACGUAUAAAUCGAUAGCAACUCUGAUCCUCCGAUCUAAUUAGUACUUUGUAAUUGUCAAAAUAAAAUGCAAACACUUUCCAAGCAAGCCAUUGAUGUAAUCUCCUCCUUCGCGAUAUGUAAUGUUCAAGUGCAUACGCGAGUAGUCCACAAACAACCAAUCGCAUCCACCAACAACCUCGUAGUCACCUACCGGUUCGAGUUAGACAUAUCUAGUUCUCGUACAUCCAACACCCCCCACAAUUACAAGGAUGUGUGUUGGAAACCGCUGUUUUAUAGUC